UCUCCAUCUUGCUAUUGUUAUUUCUUCUCCUCCUUUUUUCUUCAUUUUUUUUUUCUUUUUUUCCGUUCAUACACAAAAGCAUCGGCGGAUGAUCCCAACGCCGGCUGCAUUUCUUGCACUGCGGCAGCAAUGGCGAUCGCUUACCCUUCAUCGCCUCCAUUGCCAAAAUCUAGGGUUAAGGCUUUCCCCUUCAACUAUUGGGAAGCCCAUCACGGGUCCGUUCACCUCUUUCUCUUCCUUUGUUUCUUCAUCUUCAACAUCUCCACAACUCUCUCUCUACCAUCUUCAUCUUCUUCGAUCUUGUACAAAGAACACUGCAACGCCAUUGUCCCUGAAUCAUCCCCAACCGGCGCAAAACCCGCCUUCACCGACCAAUUUCUCCGGUUAGAGAACGCGUACUUUGAGGGCGGCAAGCCGAUCUUCGAUGAAGCCCCCAGAUUACGGCGAUCCCUCUCUCUUCAAACCACUGGCCUCUAUCAAACCCUCGCCGACGGCGUCAUUAAAGUUGAAGCGAAAUUGAUUAUCCGAAAUGAAAUUACGUCCCCGAUUUUUAGGAAUUGGCCUCACCGCCGGAGAUUACGCAUGAGGUAUGUGCCGCCAAGGUUUCCACUUCACAAAGGUUUAGUAUCGUUCGGGCUACAUGGGUUUUGGUCGUCUUCUUCAGGGAAGCUGUGUAUGGUUGGUUAUGGAUCCAAUUAUGCGAAGGAUGGUAAGUUAAGGCAUUUUAGUACUGUUCUUAAGCUUAAUUAUCAGAAUAGUUCAAGCAUUGCUUCAAGUUUGGUUAGUGGAACAUUGGAGAGUUUAGAUGUAGUGGGUAGCUGGAAUUACUUUGAACCAGUUUCUGUAUUGGGUUUGUCAUUAAUGAAUUAUGAAUACACUUUGGUAGAUACAGAAAAUGAAAAUGGAGGUUUUAAUGGAUGUGAUGGUAAUGAGAAUGCGUCUCUCUCGUUGAAGUCGGACAGCAAUUUGUGUUUGCUGUUUAGAUCGGGUUUUAACUUUGAACUGGAGUAUGUGAGUGAUUGUAGCUCUGUUACUUGCAAUCCUCUUGGUGGGACUUCUGACAUCUUACCUAGUUUUAUGUCUCUUAAUGGAAUUCAUUGUUUGGACAAGUUGCGAUUGCGGGCAUUGUUUGGCUUUUCCAGCUAUGGCUAUAAAGCUUAUAACCAGCCAUUUGAUCCUAAUACAACUUUAGUUGCUGAGGGGGCAUGGGAUGAGAAGAAGAAUCGGCUAUGCUUAAUUGCAUGCCGUGUCUUUAACUCAGCAGAUUCUUUGAUUGAGGCUUCGCUUGGGGACUGCUCAAUUAAGUUGUGCUUCAGAUUUCCCACAACCUUGUCAAUAAGAAACAGAAGUCCUCUUCUAGGGGAAAUUUGGAGCAACAGAACGAUGGAUGAUAUGGGUUACUUUGGAAGGAUUGUUAUUCGGAAAUCUGGUCACAAAAGGCAGCGACUCUCAGGUGUGAAAUACGAGUAUACUGAGAUUGAUAAUGCAAGGGCAUUUUGUGCAGAAAAGAAGCCUGAUAAAAGCAAGAAAAUGAUGUAUGCCAAUGGUUAUAACUUUGACACAAGAUUUUAUAUGUCAAUAAAGAAUAGCAAAGGGCAGAAAACAUCAGGUUCCUUGGUUCUGCUAGCCAUGGAUGAUCAAAUUUAUGACCAUUAUACCCAAUUAAGGCAUAUAGAGUCGGCAAUAACAAAUACCACCAGUCACAGCGGCUUAAGAAAUGUAAGCUACACAAUGAGCAUUAAGUCUUCACAAGGAUUCCAUUUGGCUAAUGGGAUUAAUUCAACCAAAUUUGUAGACAUUUCUGCUGAAGGAGUUUAUGAUACUGAGACAGGUGACCUGUGUAUGAUAGGCUGUCGACGUUUGGGAUCAUAUAGCAAACAAUCAACUGAAAGUAAUUCAGUGGAUUGUGAAAUUCAUGUCAGUAUUCAAUAUACUCCAUUGAAAGCAAGGGGCAGAAUAAGAUCUUUAAAAGGAAUUAUUCAAAGCACUCGGGGAAAGUCUGACCCCCUAUACUUUGAGCCCCUUGGGUUGUCUUCAAGCUCUAUUUCUGCAAACCAAGCAGCAGAAUCCAUUUUCAGGAUGGAUCUGGAGAUAGUUAUGGUUCUGAUCUCUGACACACUGGCAUGUGUUUUUUUGGGGUUGCAGCUCUUUUAUGUGAAAAGGCAUCCAGACGUGCUUCCAUUCAUCUCCAUUGUCAUGCUCAUUGUUCUUACUCUUGGGCACAUGAUUCCUCUUGUGUUAAAUUUUGAGGCCUUUUUCCUGCCAAAGCAUAAUCAUCAAACUUCUUUUCUUGGUAGUGGUGGAUGGGUUGAGGUAAACGAAGUGAUAGUAAGGGUGGUAACAUUGAUAGCUUUCCUGUUGCAGUUCCGUCUUCUGCAAUUGACUUGGACGUCAAGAGGGGGUGACGGAAGCCAGGAAGGCCUAUGGAUUUCUGAGAAAAAGGUUCUUUAUUUGUCUUUACCGUUUUAUGUUGGAGGUGGAUUGAUUGCAUGGUUUAUUCACCGGUGGAAGAGUGCUUACCAAAGUCCAUUGCUACUAGCCCGGGGGACCAGCUACCAUCCAUAUUCUCUCUUGGGGGUACUUAGGUCUUAUGCUGGCUUGCUCUUGGAUGGUUUCCUGCUCCCUCAGAUCAUGUUCAACUUGUUCUUUAACUCCGUAGAUAAGGCUCUUGCCCCAUCCUUUUACAUUGGAAUAUCUGUUGUUCGUUUGCUGCCGCAUGCAUAUGAUCUUUAUAGGACUCAUAGAUCUUCCUGGUCCUUUGAUUUAUUAUACAUAUAUGCAAAUCCUAAAAUGGACUUGUACUCCACUUCCUGGGAUGUCAUUAUUCCAUGUUUUGGUCUGCUGUUCGUUGUCCUCAUUUACUUACAGCAGAGGUUUGGUGGUCGUAGCAUUCUUCCAAACAGAUUCAAAAAGAAUUCUGUAUAUGAGAAAGUACCCGUAGUUAAUGGUGAAUAAUUGCGUGGGAAGUCCAACAUCUAGAAUUUGAAUUUAUUUUUUGUGGAGGCGCACCUCAGUGCAUAGAAGUGGUAUCAAGAUUGGAAGGUGCUCUCUGUACUUUAGGUAUGUAAUUUUUAAGUGGUACAUCAAUCACAUUGUUGCAGAUUUCAUGAUUAUUUUACCCAUUAAUUUUGGGAACAUACCUGAAGCCUCAUAUCAAAUUACACCUUUAUGUGUGGGAGUGUCUGUAUGCUCACUGCUUGUUUAAUGAAAUCUCACCAGUCCUUUUCUGGAAAA